AUGCAUUUAACACAAACCGAUAAACUUUUAGUUGUGAAUGGAGAAUUCACAACUAAUGAGGAACGCCCUUGGAAAUGCACGUAUGACGGGUGUAACAAAGCAUUUAAAGUUCGGUCUAAGCUAGAAAGACAUCAAAUAACACAUAUAGAAUUGCGACCCUUUAAAUGCCCAGAGUCUAAUUGUACAAAAAGUUAUAAACGAUUAGAUCAUUUACAAAUUCACACAGUUAUACAUGGACAAGAUCCUAAGCCAUUCAAAUGUGAAGUCGAAAGUUGUUGUCAUGUAGAGGAAUGUGGAACAGCAUUUACUCAGGAUUAUUUAUUAAGAAAGCAUAUGACCAUACAUACUAAAAAGAAGCCUUACCCUUGUGAUAAUGAAGGAUGUGAGAAAAGCUUUUUGACUUCAACCAAAUUACGAAUGCAUAAACGAGUUCAUUUAGAUCAAAAUCGAUGGCGAUGUGCAUUUCAAGGAUGUGAACAAGAAUUUCCUAAUUUAACUUCUCAAAAAAAAUCUUUAAAUAAAAAAAAUAAGUUAUCAAAAUCAAAAAAAUCUUCAAAAAUUAUUAAUAAUAAUUUAUCUUAUGAAAAAAUUGAAGAUUAUGUAAUUGAUAUUUCAAUUACUUCAUCAAAUUUAUAUAUAAAUCGUAUUAUUGAUAUGUAUGAAAAAGAAUUAAUUUAUAAAAAAAAUUUAAUUUUUGGUGGUUCUUUAUUAAUUGAUCAUUCUGAUAAUUUAAAUUUUGAAAUUAAUUUUAAAAAUUUUGAAUUUAAUUAUAAUUUAGAAAAUAAUUUAAUUAAAUUAGGAAUUGAUGGUGUGAAAUUAAUUGUUGAAAGAUGGGCUACUCAAAAAUAUUUGGAAUUUGAAAUUGAGGAAGAAAUUAUGGAAAGAAUUAAAAUUUGGAAAAAAGUUAAAGAGUUUGAGAAAUUAAAUAAAUAA